AAUUAAAAGCACCCGCAUUCACUCUUGGCUUUGCUUUGCACUCCACUUCCAGCACUACUUUUUUCACUUUUCUCCACCCCCAUGGAUUCUCUCACUCUCUUUUGCACCGCCUCUCUCUUAGCCGCCGGCUUGUACUGGUUCGUCUGCGUUCUUGGCUCCGCCGAACAGAAGGGCAAGCACGCCGUCCAACUAUCCGGCGGCUCCAUCGCCAAAGAGAAAGUCCAGGACAAGUACGAACAGUACUGGUCUUUUUUCCGCCGCCCCAAAGAAAUUGAAACGGCCGACAAAGUCCCGGCUUUCGUCGACACCUUUUACAAUCUCGUCACUGAUAUUUAUGAGUGGGGUUGGGGCCAAUCUUUUCAUUUCUCUCCCUCCAUUCCUGGAAAAUCACACCGGGAUGCUACUCGCAUACACGAGGAGAUGGCGGUGGAUCUCUUGAAUGUCAAACCCGGAGCUCGAAUUCUCGACGCGGGCUGCGGUGUUGGCGGCCCGAUGCGCGCGAUUGCAGCCCACUCAGGCGCUAAUGUUGUUGGGAUCACCAUUAAUGAGUACCAGGUGAACCGGGCCCGGAUGCAUAACAAAAAGGCUGGGCUUGACAAGCUGUGCGAGGUGGUUUGCGGCAAUUUCCUCCAGAUGCCCUUCAAAGACAACACCUUCGACGGAGCUUACUCCAUUGAAGCAACGUGUCAUGCGCCGAAGCUCGAAGAUGUUUACAGUGAGAUCUACAGGGUUCUGAAGCCCGGGUCCUUGUAUGUUUCGUACGAGUGGGUGACCACGGAAUUGUACCGUGGGGAUGACCCGGAGCACGUGGAGGUCAUACAAGGGAUUGAGAGGGGAGACGCAUUGCCGGGACUCCGCAGCUACAAGGAUAUAGCCGAGGUGGCCGAAAAGGUCGGCUUCGAAGUGAUAAAGGAGAAGGAUUUGGCGAAACCCCCGGCAAACCCGUGGUGGACCCGGCUGAAGAUGGGUCGGAUCGCCUACUGGAGGAACCACAUUUUGGUUACAGUACUGGCGUGGCUGGGGAUUGCGCCAAAAGGUGUCGUUGACGUGCACGAGAUGCUGUUCGUUACCGCCGAUUAUCUGACUAGGGGUGGGGAGACGGGGAUUUUCACUCCGAUGCAUAUGAUUCUCUGCAGAAAGCCGGAGAGUAAGGUGGCUUCCAGCUCUGCUUAGGAGAUAUGUGUAACUUUCAUUGCACGGAGAUUGAUCAGUCAUGGUUAAUUUCGUGCUCUUGCUUCUUUUCUUUUCUAAUUGUGUUUUUAUUUUGUCUCAUAUUGGAUUAUGCUUCUUUAGAUUAAAAUUUGCUUGUUUUUUUAUAGAAAAUGGAGACUGCUUAUUUUGCCUAAGUUAUCGUCAUUGUU